AUGGUGGAAUCUAUUAUAAUCGAUGAGGAUAGAUCAAUUUCCGUUCCAAGCAGCAAUCAAGUUAUUGACGACACCUUAGCGCCAAUAAGUGAAUUCAAAGAGGUCAACAGAUAUGGGAAAGUUGUUUUUGAUUAUCCUAAAGUUGGGGCUACUUUAUAUGAGUAUAUAGAUUCAAGCUAUAGUGUACCGUUUCUGGAGUUUGGGAGAGGUGCUGCAAAAGAAUAUUUGGAUUCAAUUAUUGGUACGUUAUCUCAAACAGUUUAUGAAUUGAUCAGAGAUGACCUUUUAGAUGUCGAUACAUUAUCCGAAAAGACUAGAUGGAGUCGGAUUAAUGCUAAUGCAAAGUGUUUAUAUUUGAAAAGGCGAUAUAAAUUAACAAAAAAAGGAACUGUUAUUGAUCUUACUAGAGAAAAUAAAAUAGUCUAUGAGCCUGAUCUAAGAUAUGACUAUAUCAUUAGCACACAUAUCUUGAAUCGUCACUUGGGAUACCAGGGAAUACAUAAAAGACUUAAAGCUAUUUACUCAAAUUUAAGCAGAGAUUACAUAAAAAUGGUACUUGACUUUUGUUCCCAUUGUAAUCCUGAUAAGGUAAUUCCAAAUUUGGAGAAGACAGUUCAUAUGAAUAUUUACGAAAAAUAUCUACCAUUAGAAAGAGUUCAAUUGGAUAUAUUUGAGCCAUUUGAGAACGAAAAGAUACAGAAUAGAUACUCCCAUAUCAUUUAUAUUAGAGAUUAUAGAUCUCGAUUUGUAUGGAUAUAUCCACUAAAAAAUACAAAAUUUAAAACGUUAGCAUCAGAAAUAGGAAUGCUGUUAUUAGAUUUGCCGCGUAUUCCUAUAUACAUUGAUACAACAACAAUUGAGAGAAGAGAUAUGUUAGCCAUAUGUAAACGUAUAGCUGAAAAGUAUGAAAUUUCACUAGGGAUUGGUACUAUUGAACCAUCUAGUUUCUAUAGCAUUGGUCUUUCAAGGCUAAAAUGUUUAUUAAAUGAAAAUAAAGACAAAUGUUUGAAAGACUGGAAUAUGUGUCUAAAGCUUGGAUCAUAUUAUUAUAAUAAAAAAAGUAUUACGACCGCAAGAGGCGUUCCAAGUGAGUUGUUCUUAGAUGAAAUGGAAUGCUCGGCAACAACAUUUGAAUCGAAACGAACUGAAAUAAUUAAUAGUUUGCCUAUUCAAAACAGUUACAAAACGUCAACCAAUAAGGGUUUGGUUUAUGCUCAAGAUGAAAUUUUAACCACAAGCAAGAAUAAAUCUAGCAAUAUGGAAAAUGGAGAUGACACAUUUUUAGAAUAUGAUGAUACCUUCAUUGAAGGAAGUACAAACUUUGAGUAA